AUGUAUCCAUCGAAUGUUGCAUUAAUCUACCAAUAUCAGUCAUCAUCUAUCACGUCUGUUCAUAUCUAUCUAUCUAUCUAUCUAUCUAUCUAUCUAUCUAUCUAUUCAGCCUGUUCAUAUCUAUCUAUUUAUCUAUUUCAGUCUGUUCAUGCCUGUCUAUCUAUCUAUCUCUGUUCAUAUCUAUCUAUCUAUCUAUCUAUCUAUCUAUCUAUUCAGUCUGUUCAGAACUAUCUAUCUAUCUAUUUCAGUCUGUUCAUGCCUGUCUGUCGUUCUAUCUAUUCAGUCUGUUCAGAACUACCUAUCUAUCUAUCCAUCUAUCUAUCUAUCUAUCUAUCUAUCUAUCUAUCUAUCUAUUCAGCCUGUUCAUAUCUUUCUAUUUAUUUAUUUCAGUCUCUUCAUGCCUGUCUAUCUAUCUAUCUCUGUUCAUAUCUAUCUAUCUAUCUAUCUAUUCAGUCUGUUCAGAACUAUCUAUCUAUCUAUCUAUCUAUUUCAGUCUGUUCAUGCCUGUCUGUCGUUCUAUCUAUUCAGUCUGUUCAGAACUACCUAUCUAUCUAUCUAUCUAUCUAUCUAUCUAUCUAUCUAUCUAUCUAUCUAUCUGCUUUAAAUAUUCAAAUAUUUCUUUAUGCCUGUCUGCCCUACAUACAAGCCGCCGAGCCACCGGCGGACAUCUAG